AUGGAAGAAGACCCUGAGUCCAGAGCAGUGAGCAGAGUUAACAGGAGCAGUAGAAGUCCCACACUGGAGGAUCUGGGCCUCUCACACUCUGCUCUAGCUUUUGACAGCAAAUUUGUGUGCUCUCCUCCAGGAAUGCUUAUGCUUGGGGAAAUAGUUUGUGGACUGCUUGUGUGGACUCUAAUAGGUGGCACUGACUAUUUGCUGGUGCCAGCCCUGGGCUGGGUGAUGUUUGUGUCAGUGAUUUGCUGGGUGCUGACUGUCUGCCUUCUUCUACUGCACCUGACCAAUGCUCUCACAAAGAUCCCCCAUGUCCCAUGGUCAACUCUGGGCCUGUGCUUCAAUAGCAGUGCCACUUUUCUAUACAUGACAGCAGCAGUGAUUAAUGCUACAUCUGUGCCACAUGCCAUUAAGGGGCGCUAUUACUACCACAGCUGGGUUGCUUCCACGGUAAUCGCCUUCUUAGUUGCGCUUUGUUAUGCAGCAAAUUCAUAUGUGAGCUACAAAUCCUGGAGAUCAAAAAGUGAUGAUGCCUAAACAAACUGACUGGAAUCAGGAAUUACUUACAAAAUAAUCUUCCACUGGAUGGCUUUCUAUUGGCUUUUGUAAUCAUCAUGCAGUAGCUCAUCAAUAUUAAAUUAGUUUCUUUGAGAAAUGAGGAAUGUUAGGGUAUAUUAUAUUCAUCGACAAGGACUUAAAAAACAAGAUGCUUUUGUCUCAUGUACUUUUGGAUUAUUCUUCAUUUUGUUCAUUUUCUUUAUUAAUUUUGACACUAUGCUAUUUGUGUCCUAAGAAGGGGAUAUGUGCUAUAGAAGUUUCUUAAUGAAAUUAUGUUUCAUGCAUUUUUGAUUGAUAGGUACUAUGUGUUUCUGAAAGGUUUACCAGAAGAUAGUAAAACAGUUUCUAAUCAUACACACAUGAUGCGCUGUAAUCAAUGUUGUUUUUUCCAUUCAACAGUUAGUUGGUGCUUAGUUUUCUGAAAUAAAAAUUCUGUAGAUUUCUGCUUCGCUACAAGGCACAUUUUAUCCAGUAAUUUUACCUUUUUGCUAACCAUUUGCACCAGGCCUUAUUUCUUUGUCUUCUUAUCAAUCAGCAAUCACUGUGUGUUGUCCGAAAAUAAAGCAUUUUCGAAUAUGAAGGAUUGGAGGAUGACAGCAGUUAGUAAGAAUAAUAAUGAGAACAUUUGCAGUUCUCCACAGCAAAGCAUUUAUGGAGAAAAACCAGUCAGUGGGGGCCUGGUAUUAAAUGUAUUACAUGUUUAUGUAUUACAUCUAAACUAAUUACAUGUUUAAGAUAAAAUGGUUAAGGGUUCUUUGCUCAAGCACUCAACCAUCCUGGCAAUCUUGACCAUACACUGUCAUCAUGCCACAACUGACUGGAAACUUUACUUUUGCUCUUUUUAUUUAUCUGGCAAUAUUCCAUCUUCAAGCUACAAGACUAAGGACGAAUGAAAGUGUUACAUGUGUAAAACUUGAACAUCAUUUGCUUGUGCAAAAUUAGCCAAAAAACAAUUGUUACCUGUUCUAUGCCCCUAUGUUACAAGAUCCACAUUUAAACAUUUGUUUCUUUUCAUUUAGCAAAAUAUUUGUAAUAAUUAUUUAUUUCCCACUGUGUUAAAUAAACCGAAGAACAGUGCCACCAUG